AGUCAAAGCCCAAUAAGGGUGCCGAUCAAGUCGCACGUGAGAAUCAGGGAACCGUGAAUUCCUGUCAACUUCAGUGCUCAAUAACCCAAACCGAGUUGAACACACGUGGGGUGUGGCACUGUUCUUCUGUGUGGAAGAGUGUGUAAGACUGCUUCUCAGCUUGGGUCCAAACAGGAUUUUCGUUCACGCUGUUGGCGUGAGUGUGGGGACCGAAAAGUUGACGAUCUGUUUUGAGACAGUUAAUAAUUUUGUGAAAUAUGACAUUGAAUACCAUGGAAUUCCGUCAGGGUUUUUGUUUUGUGUGGAUUUUAAGCAUGGCUGUGUUGACAGCAUCCCAGGGUACAAAAAUAACGCACACCUGUCCCAAUGGAUGGGUUUUGUCUGACACCAAGUGCUACAGAAUAUUUGGUACAGAUACUUUAACCAGUUCAACGUGGGAAAACGCCUAUCGUGUGUGCAUUGGCAAUGGAGCUGAGUUGGUGACCAUUGAUGACUAUUUCACCAACCAGAAUGUUGGAAACUUUGCGUCAGAUCGGAAUGCCAACAAGAUUUGGACAGGAAUGAGUGAAAAGGGUGUCAGUUCUCCAAAUGGAAUUAACAUGACAUGGAACAUGAAUACUGCUGCAUCAAUUUACCAGGGGAGAUGGUCUGCCAGGAAUCCUGAUACCAAUAGUGGGCAGUGUGUAUACAUGGAGAAAAAGAAUGGAAUGUAUCAAUGGACAGUUGGAAACUGCCAGAUGAAAAUGCCUUUUGUGUGCCAAAGAACUUCUUGUUUACAGCAGAGCUUCCACUGUGAUAAUGGCCAAUGUAUUAACAACGACUGGCGCUGUGAUGGAGUGGAUGAUUGUGGUGAUCUCUCUGAUGAAGUGGACUGUCCUGGGAGAUGCAGUUAUGUGUAUAAUGCUGUCUCCACAGGACGAAUUCAGUCACCAAACCAUCCCCAAAACUACAUCCCUUCCAAAGUGUGCACUUGGACAUUCAUUGGACCAGAAGGUUCUAAUAUCUAUUUAGAGUUUACAUCAUUCAAUACUGAAAAAGGCACAGACAUCGUGGAAAUCCUUAUCGGUGGCAGAACAGAGUCAACAGCCACUUCUAUUGCUAGACUGUCAGGACAGCCCAGCCUUUCAUCAGUUAGAUACAGAAGCUACAACAACUACAUGAUAGUUCGCUUCACCACCGAUUCCCAGACAGAGAAAAUGGGCUUCGCUGCAAACUUCAACAGCUCACGAGACAAUUACCCAGAACAGGUUUACUUGACUGCAAGAAAUACAGAGUCUGCUUUGGAACCCCCUCUCUUUAGUUCACAUGGAAGUAAUGCAUACCUUGGGAAUCAGGACUAUAUAUGGAUUAUUAGAGCAGAGGAACGCAGGAAGAUAGUAACUCUUGAGAGAAUGAGGGUAGAUUUGAUGGGAGAUGAUGUGGUAGAGAUUCGAGAUGGGGACUCUGGCAGUGCCCCACUACUGGAAAAGUACACAGCCAGCAACAAUGACAAUGUUGACCUCCCACUGACCCAGUCACAGCCAGUAAUGGGGAAAAGGUUUGUCUUUUCCACCAGUGGUGUAAUGUACGUCAUUAUGAGGACAAGUCGAUCCACAUCAGGCACUGGCUUCUCAUUUCAUUACAAACAAGGUUGUAGUGCAAGGUACACAGCUGAUUCCGGGGAAAUCACGAGCCCAGGGUUUCCAGAUGUUAUGUAUGCCAAUUUUCAGACAUGUACUUGGAUCAUAGAUAUACCUAGUGGUAGUGGCUUCAAACUAAUGUUGGAUAGAAGCAAAUCCUUUGAGAUUGAAGACAAUGUAGACUUUCUGGAGAUUUUCACAAACUCAACUGAUGACAUGGGAGUUGCAGCCCAUGGGACUGGUCAAGGGUUUACAACCACCACAUUGGCCAAUUCCGAGCCAUUCCACAGUCCUAAUGGAAAAAUGUUCAUCAGAUUCAAAUCUACUGCAAUUAUUAAUAAGAAAGGAUUUCGGUUUCUGUAUUCAAAAGACUGCCCUGACCCUCGCUUAACAUCUGCAUCAACAUUGAAUCCCACGCAGAGCUCAGUACAGCUCAGACAAUUUAACAAUGAGUUCAUUGUAAGCUGCCAAAGUGGAUACAGUUUUCGUUCAGAUGAAUUAAAUUCAGGCACUGUAAAAAUGAAGUGUAUGUUUGGGGGAAAGUGGUUGAUCGAGCAGAGAACACGAACAGUUCCACAAUGUCAACCCAUUUAUUGUGGGGAGCCUAACGCUAUUGACAAUGGUUACAUCUCGCACUCCAAUGGUGUAGUAUUUGGUUCCUUUGUGACCUUCACAUGUUUCCCAGGAUUCACUCUGCAGGGUGAUGCCAACGUCACUUGUCAAUCUAGUGGAAGAUGGUCAAACAGACCACAAUGUAUAUCUGCAAGCUGCACUUUACCUGCUUCUAUUAGUAAUGGUCAGUUGUCCAGCAAUGACAACCGAUAUGCUGCCAUUGUUAACUAUACAUGUGAUGCUGGAUACCAGUUGAUGGGAGCACCAAUCUUAUUCUGUCAGUCUUCUGGCCAGUGGACUGCCACAGCACCUCAGUGUAUAAAAAUGAAAUGUCCUAUUCCUGUCAUACCAAAUGGGCGUGUGUCUUCACAAUUAUUGCCACUCUAUCAGGAGACAGCGACUGUUAUCUGUGAUACUGGAUACAAGAUCAAUGGCACUUCCACCAUCACUUGUCAGGAUGACAGAAGCUUUGGGACACUGCCAACCUGUAUCAAUGAAAAUGAGUGCGAGACAUCAAAUGGAGGAUGUGGACAGAAGUGUGAAGACACUGUGGGGUCAUAUUAUUGCACCUGUGGUGUUGGCUUCACCCUGAAUGCUGAUAAAAAAAGAUGUGAUGAUAUUAAUGAAUGUGAUACGGACAAUGGAGGUUGCUCUCAGAGAUGUAGCAACACGAUUGGGUCCUACACUUGUUCCUGCAGCAUGACUGGAUAUGUUCUCUUUGAUGUGAAUGGCAAAUCGGGAUAUACCAUACCGUCAAAAGAGACCGGCACUAAAGCUGGAGAUGUGUAUCGUAUAGGACAUAGCUGUGUCCGUGUAAAUUGUUCUGAGCCUGCUUCUGUAAGCAAUGCAAUGCUGAUGACAAAGCGAGCCAUACACCGAUACAUGGAUAAGAUCUCCUACAUGUGUGAUCUUGGUUAUGUCCAAUCUGGUGGACAGGAGACAUUUACUUGUGGAGAAAAUGGAGAUUGGACUCCCUUACAGGCGACUAAUCUAUUGCAGUGCACAGUGGCAACAUGCCCAGUAGAAAACCUGAGUACACUGAACUUGAAAAACAACCCAGUUCUUAGUUCAAGUAACCCAAUCAGUUACUUAGAUUAUUUGAAUAUGACAUGUGAUGUACAAGGGAAAGGGACAUUUGUCAAUCAGCGCCAGUGCCUGUACAACAAACAGACUAAUACCUAUGCUCUAUAUGGUGCUCCAUAUGAAUGUGGUGUCAUUGAUUGUGGAAACCCCACCAGAGAACCAGGAUCUUCUUACCCUACCCCAGCUUCAACAACUUAUGGAGCUUCUUUCCCUUUUACUUGUGAAAAUCUCCAGACUAGGAAAGGUGCCUCCAAUUCUACAAAUGAUGCCAUUGUCAAAUGCAUGGCGGAUGGAAAUUGGGACUUUGGAAGUCUGCGAUGUGAAGGAACAACUUGCCCUGACCCAGGAUACCCCAGAGGAGGGUAUCUUUCUGGAGAUGUCAAAGGAUUUCAACUGGAUCAGGUUGCCACAUUUGGAUGUAAUCGGGCAGGUUUCAAUAUACCUUCAGGAAGUGCAUUGAAAUGUAUGUUGAGUGGCACAGCUAAUAGUCUGAUAUGGAAUUCUACUGUACCCACCGAGUGUGAAGAUACCACCAAUCCCACCAUCUCUACUUGUCCAGGAAAUAUGAUUCUCAUCCAGUUCUCUCAGAUAUCUCACAACUCACCAAUUGUGUCGGACAAUGUUGGAAUUAAGACAUUUGAGGUUUUCCCUAAAAAUGCUAACACAACACUUGUGUUAGAGAAUACUCCAGUCAAUAUUACUUACACUGUCGCAGACUUCAAUGGGAACCAGGAGAAGUGUAGCUUUACAGUGUCUGUCUCAGAUGAAGAACCUCCUAAAGUGACCUGUCCAUUAGCCAAAACAGUGUAUGUAACCAACACAGAGAUCACAAACUUUACAGUAAAUCCAUCAGAGGUAGUGAGUACGGACAAUGUUGGAAUAAAUUCCACCACUUACAAUCCUCCGUACUUACCUGUCAGUGCUAGCUUUAUUGGAACAGUUAGAACAAUCACUGUGACCGUGACUGAUACAAGUGGAAGGACUGAUCAGUGUCAAAUUCAGGUGUACACAGCAGCUGCCCUAUGUUCCCCUCACUCGCUGGAAAAGCCUUCGUUUGGUCAGAAGAACUGCAGUGCCAUUGCCAAUGGAUUCCAGUGUGACUUAAAGUGUGAUCAGACAUACACGUUUUAUAAAUAUCCUGGACAAGCAGUGAAGACCCUGACCUGUUCAACAGGAAGUCCAUGGUCUGAACGCAUCCCAGCAUGCACUCCUGAAAAUCAGCAGGCCUUGUACACCUCACUGAUUACCAUGACUUAUGGAGUUGAAACAACGGGACAAACUAUUGGAUCCAACUGUUUUGAAAAUGCUUACAAGUCAGCAAUAUCUGCUACAACUCCACUUUCUGAACAGAAUUUCAAAACAGGGUGUUCAGGUGGACUUUUUCCUAAUGAUAACAUAGCCAUUGAUAUCGAUGAGCCUUCUUCAUUCUCCACUGUUACAACAAGUUCAUCUAAUCUGAUCAUCAUCUAUACAGUGGAGCAAAAACCCUUAGGCUAUGAAGAAAAUUCAUAUAGCACCUGUGCAACAAAUGUUUUUAGUAGAAUGCAGAAUUUUGACAUUAGCAUUGCAAAAAUAUCAUCCCAAGUACCAGGCUGUCCAAAUCUUGUUCGAACAAGUGCUGUUCAGAACUCCAAAGGAUUCAUCUGCUCAUCGGAUAAAAAGAAAGUGACGGUUGAUGGAAAGGACUAUUGUUUGGACUGUCCAGCUGGAACCUACCAGAGUUCUGUCAACACUUGUACUUUGUGCCCUGUAAACACCUUCAAAAGUGCCAAUGGAGCUUUAUCAUGUUCAGCCUGUAGUUCUGGGCUAGGAACCCACCUGACGGGGGCCACAUCAGUGGGGCAGUGUAAACCACUUUGUUCACCUGGUACAUAUUCCACCACUGGUAUGUCACCUUGUAACCAAUGUCGUAAAAACUCUUACUGGGUCAAUAGUACCCAUUGUGAGGAUUGUCCUAAUGGAGGGAAAACAAAUCGCUUUGGAACAUCAAAUAUUGGAUUAUGUGUAGAAAAAUGUGACCCUGGUACUUUUUCAUAUGAUGGCUUCAGACCUUGUACACUUUGUCCUAGGAAUUAUUACCAAGAACAAGAGGGAGCAACUUCCUGUUCAAAGUGUGCUGAUGAUAAAUACACAUCAAAUGCAGGAAGUUCAAAUGUCUCAAAAUGCAUCGAUGCAACAGGAUUGUGUGCUGGCCUAAACUGUCAGAAUGGUGGUUCGUGUGUUCCCCGAUUCAACUCCGCUGUGUGUGAAUGUCCACCUGGUUACCAUGGUACCAGAUGUGAAGUAAUGGUGAACAACUGUGUAUCACAGCCCUGUUACAAUGGUGGCGCAUGUAAUAAUCUCAUCAACAGUUACACAUGUACCUGUCCGUCUGGAACAACAGGCCCAAGAUGUGAAACGGACACAACUGACGAUUGUUCUACCUCGCCAUGUAAAAAUGGUGGCAUGUGUGUCAACUUGUUGAAUACCUUUCGAUGCUUAUGUGCUGAUGGAUUUUCAGGAACAACGUGUGAGAGUCAAACCACUAAAUGUGUUGCUCAGCCUUGUAAUGCUGUGGGAACUUUGGAAUGUUUAAAUUUCGACAACAUUCGUCGUAUCUGCAAAUGCAGACCAGGAUACACUGGUGCUGACUGCGAAAUAAACAUAAAUGAGUGUGCCUCAAACCCAUGUCUAUAUGGUGGAACGUGCAUAGAUGGAGUGGACACCUAUUCUUGUACAUGUCCUGUUGGCUAUAGGGGCUCACAUUGUGAAGAACGGGUCAAUCCAUGUAGUCUAAAUAUUUGUAACAAUGGUCAGUGUGUGGAUGCUUAUCCACUGGACAACUACAGAUGUCUUUGUAAUCCUGGUUAUUCUUAUGGUCAAAUCUGUCCAUAUGAAAUGUACCGGGACAAUGGAACCAGUUUGGGUAGUUACAGCCAAUAUACAAAUGCGAACGUCACCUUCUGUCGUCAACAAUGUGAGACAGAUGCAAGAUGUCAAGCAUUUACUUUUGGAGCUGGAGUCUGCUUAUUGUUUCAAACUGCCCCAACAACUGCCACCUUCACCAGUGCACCCCAAUCUGUUCUGAACAUCAAGAAGUGUAAUUUCCCAGAUGAUGACUACUGGAGCCCAUGGUAUGAUAUGAGCUCACCUAAUGGAGGAAAUGAGAAUGAGAAAAGAGUGCAGCUGUCCACUUAUGGUAUAAAUGUAUGCAAUGGAACAGAUCCCAUUGAUGCAGAAUGCCGUGUAGUGGGUACUGAAGUCCCUUCAGCACAAACAGGAGAUUCAUUUGCUAGGUCAUGUGGAGUGGAGGGAAUUGAAUGCAGUGCUAGUUCAACCAAUCCCUGUGAAGACUAUGAAGUUCGGUACAAAUGCUCUGUUUACAAAGUGUUUCAUGGUGGUACCUGCAACAGAAAGGACUUCUGUAUGACGAACCAAUGUCUGAAUGGAGGAACUUGUUCUUCAGGAUUGAAUGACUUCUCAUGCAGUUGUCCCACUGGGUACGAUGGCAAGCUCUGUCAACAUGACAUUGACUUUUGUGAAGUAAAUAACUGUCUCCAUGGUGGCACCUGCAUUGAUAAACCAGGAAACCAAGGAUAUGAUUGUAAAUGUGCUCCCGGUUACACAGGUGAUUUUUGCCAGAGCAACAUUCCUGAAUGUAAUACAGCACCUUGCAGUACUGAGGGAAGUUCUAGAUGUGAGGACAGAGUCAACGAUUUCUUCUGUAUUUGCAAACCAGGAUACACAGGAAAAAAUUGUUCUAUUGAAAUUAAUGAAUGUGAAUCUGAACCAUGUAUGCAUGGUGGGAACUGCACAGAUAAAGUGGCCGACUUCCAAUGCUCAUGCCCUGUUGGUUGGAUAGGGAAGCAAUGUGAGAGAAUUUAUGAUGAAUGCCAGGUCAACAACAGGUGCCCCAGUAGUGCACCAUGUCUCAACAUCUUCAAAAAGUCUUUCUGCAGGUGCCCUAAAAAUACUUACGGAGAUGUGUGUGAAAAUAAACCAAACAUAUGUCGUGAUUUGAGCCCUUGUUUGAAUGGAGCUACUUGUGAAGAAGGCAUUAAUACUAUUGCUAAAUGUACAUGCCCCAAUGGUGAUUAUCGACAAAUUGGUUGUGAGACCAUGGUAAACCAUUGUGCUGAUCCCAACAAGUGUGAAAAUGGAGGAAAGUGUAUUAACCUGGCUCCAGGUUUUAGAUGUGACUGCCAACCUGGGUAUUCCGGUGAUAACUGCAGUGUUAAUGUUGAUGACUGUGCUAAUAACAACUGCCCCAGCACCAGCACCUGUAUUGAUAUGGUUAAUGCCCACUAUUGCCGUUGUCCAUUGGGAAAAACAGGAGAGACCUGCUUCAGAGAUUUGGAUGUAAAUUAUGAUAUGUACUUUUACCUGACAAAGCAGAAUGGAUAUGCAGCACUCCCAUACCCCAUCAACUUGAAUGGGGACUCUUUCUCCAUUAGUAUUUGGGUCCGCUUCUAUCAUGCCUCCAUGUCUGGAACAUUCCUUACAGUUUUCAUUGCAAAGUUUCCCAACACUCUAACAGGGGUCAGAAAGUUCAUUUCCCUGGACAACAAUGGACUGGCAGUAUAUGACAGAAAUGGCCAAAAUCCACAGAGAGUUAACUAUCAAAGGGAAAAGGCUAAUGAUGGAAGAUGGAACUAUGUGGUGGUGACAUGGAAGAAGGACAAAGGAAAUUUUGAUGUAGUGGUGAACAGUUUUCGACAGGGAGAGAUUAACACUGACUACACCUCUACAUUUGCAGAAAAUGUUUGGGUCACACUUGGUGCAGAUUUCGACAGUUCCAUGACCCCAGAAGAUGAUAAAGGAUUCCGAGGAUAUGUGAGUCAGUUGAAUGUGUACAACAGAGCUUUAGACUUUGAAACUGAAACGCCACUACUGCAUAAUGACCCCAGAAAGGUUUUUAGUGGAAGCAUUUUACGUUGGAAUGAGUUCAUUUAUCAUCGUGGUGUGCAGCCUGUAUAUCCGUCAAGUGCUCAGAAACAGUGCAGCGGCAGCAACUGUAUUACUAACAAUAAAAGCAAGCCUAUCUUUAAGACUCCCUGUCCCCCCACUAUAUACAAAGUGUCUGCGGACAGAUUGACAUCGGUCAGUUGGACAGAGCCUAUUCCAGAAGGUGCUACUUCUAUAGAAAGCACAUACAAGACAGGAGAUACAUUUUUAUGGGGCAAACACACCAAUGUUUAUGCAAUCCGUGACAGCUCUGGGACCUCGGCUUUUUGCUCUUUCAACAUUUAUGUCAUGCCUGAACAGUGUUCCAACCCCACACCGCCACAUUUAGGAACACAGAGCUGUGAGAGGAGCUACAGCCCAUACUUCGGGUGUACUGUUGCAUGUACAGAUGUCUCCCGUAGAAUUGACCGAUACACACCCAAAGUUUACACAUGUGGACCUACAGGAGCUUGGAACCCUGUCAACAGAAAUAUUCCAAUCCGAUAUCCAUCUUGUGGAUUGGUCCAAAACCAAGCAAAAAAGAAGCUGAUAAUAAGACUAGCCUAUCCAGAGAUCUCUACCCCAGACUGUGAAGGAGUGAACAGUACAAUGCCUACAUUAAUUCAGCAAGCCUUGGCCUCGAUCAGUGUGAAAUGGGGAAACAAAAUCUGUGGUCAGGCAGAUUGUAGUGAUGUGACAAUUGUCGUCAUCUGUAAGAGAUCCAGUUCCAAUGGAAGAAGGAAACGUCAAGCGAUAUUGAGUCCAACAACCGUAGAUAUCACUAUCCCCCAAUCUGAAGCCACUUUAACAAGGAGUAAUCCCCCCGAGACUCUCACUAUUGCGGACAUUUUAACCAGAAAUUUCCUGGAAUCCCAGCUUUUUGACUUUUCAAUAAAAAUACCUAAUGGCUCACCGGACCUGAAUUCAUUCAUCAUAGACUCAGCUGACAGUUGUCCCAGUCGUCAGACGGUGGUGGAUGGAUACUGUGUGAAAUGUGGACCUGGCAAUUUCUACGACAACAGCACUAAAAUAUGUGAGGACUGCCCUGUUGGAACCUACCAGAAUAUGGACGAUCAGACCUCCUGUAUUCCAUGUCAACAAGGAUCCAACACGCAAACAGUAGCCAGCGUCGCCGUUUCUGACUGCAAAACAAUCUGUGAAGCUGGACAUUACCAAACAGGGACUAGGUGUGAUCCAUGUGGGGUGGGUUUCUACCAGAGCAAACGAGGAAUGUUCUACUGUGAUGCCUGUGCUGUGGGUCAAACAACACGAGGAGAGAAAUCCACUUCUCAAUCGGAAUGCUACGAUGACUGUAAUCCUGGUUAUGAACUUGCCCCCAAUGGUACAUGUGUCCUCUGCCCCCUGGGUACCUACAGAACACUGGGAACUCCAGCAGUGUGUAGUGCCUGUCCCUCUGACAAGACAACACCAAACACUGGCUCAACCAAAGCCAGCGACUGUUCACUCAUCUCCUGCCUUCAAGGAACCUACAGAGAUGGUGUCCCAGGAACAUGUGUUAGAUGCACUAAGGGAAAAUAUCAGGAUGAAAAAUGGCAGACGUCAUGUAAAUCAUGUGGUGGUGUACGCUACAUGACUGAAAAUGAAGGCUCCACCCAAAAGACAGACUGUAUCUUCUUCUGUGAGAGUGGACAACAAGUGGACAACAGUACUGGUACACCAAGGUGUGUCAACUGUCCUGUGGGUACCUACAAGAAUAAUUCAGUAGAUCCCACAAGCAAGUGUUUGACCUGUCCAGGAGGCAAACUCACACCCACUGAGGGAUCAGACUCCAUUGAUGACUGCUCAAUAUUCAGGUGUGCUGCUGGUUACCGACCCAAUGCUACAGAAAAUGGUUGUGAGCCCUGUCCUUAUGGUACUUACCAGAAUUUAGCGGACCAGGAGAACUGCACUGUGUGUCCAAAUGGUUACAGCACUUAUAAAAUGGCCUCCACCUUGUCCACAGACUGCAAAGUAUACUGUGAGUCUGGCAAGGUGCGUAAUGAGCAGCUUCAGACCUGUGAAGCCUGUCCCAUUGGUUACUACAAGACAAACACCGAUUUCAAGUUCAGCAAUUGUACAAGGUGUCCUGUGGACUUUGUAACCCCAAGUACUGGAUCAGAUGACAUUAAGAGCUGCACAGUCAGGGAUUGUCCUGCAGGAACAAAGAGACAGGUGGGUGAAACUGGUUGUGAUGGCUGUCCGCGAGGCCAAUACCAGUCACAACCCUACAAAACGACUUGUGAAGUCUGCUCAGGCGAUACGUACACCCGCAAUGUUAACUCCACCAAAGUUAGUGACUGUGAAACAUUCUGUUCCUCUGGUGAGGAGAAGAGUGGAAGAGUCUGUAUUGUUUGUGGUGUGGGUUACUUCAAGGACAACAAUGUAGACAAAUUUUCUAUGUGUACCCUGUGUCCAGUGGAGAAGAUUACAGCUAACAAUGGAUCCACUUCAGAAACUCAAUGCACAGUUGCCAAUUGUUCUGCUGGAAAUUAUCGAGAUGUUGGUACCAACAAAUGUAAGCCAUGUGACAAGGGUUACUAUCAACCUGACCAAUGGCAGACAUCUUGUAUUCAGUGUCCCACUGAUAAAACCACAGCAACCACCGGAUCCAUUUCCCAAUCUAUGUGCCAAUUACAAUGUUCUCCUGGAUAUGAAGACAUCAAUGGCACCUGCGUGAUGUGUAAGAUUGGGUAUUAUAAAACAGAGUAUAAAGCUGCUUUGUGCGAUUCCUGUCCCCCAGGAUUUAUAACUUCUGAGAAGGGAGCAACCCUGGAGACCAACUGUACUGUCCCGGCCUGUAAACCCGGGGAGUAUCUGCUAAACAAUGUCUGUGAGAAAUGCAAUUAUGACACAUACCAACCAGAUAAAUGGCAGAAAUCCUGUACACAAUGUCCUUCUGGUUAUGUGACACAGAUGAAGGGUGCCACGAACAUCAGUGACUGUGUGGUGUCUUGUCCCUCUGGUGAGCAGUAUAGGCCUGUUGAGAAAGAUUGCAUUGCCUGCCAGCAGGGUUACUACAGAAACACCACUAACAGACAGCAGAUCACGUGCCAGAUGUGUCCCAUUGAUUUUAUCACCUCUGGUCCACGAGCCACCAGUUUGAGUGCCUGCAACAUAAAAAAUUGUACUACACCUGGUCAGUUUAGAAAUGCCACAUCUGACCAGUGCACAGAUUGUCCUUUUGGAACAUAUGGUGAAAACAAAUGGCUUGAAGUCUGUAUUGACUGUCCACAAGGUUACACAACUAAACAAAGAGGAAGCAUCAGCAGAAAUGAUUGCAUCAGGGACUGUCCCUCUGGGGAGUAUGAGUUACAGGGUGUGUGCUUCCAAUGUAACGAAGGUACCUACAGAAAUAAAGCUGAAGGCUUCAACUGCACCAUGUGUCCAUCAGGAUACACCACACAAGGCAAAGGAUCCACCUCUAGAAGUGACUGCAGCAUCACAAACUGUAGAGCUGGAGAAUACUUUGAUGAGGUGUCAAAGAAAUGUGAGCUUUGUUCAAAUGGAACUUACCAAGAUGAGCCUAGGUCAAGGACCUGCAAGACCUGUGGAACAACUGGCUAUUUCACUGUCAACAGAGGCAGUACAUCUAUUACUGACUGUAAAAAGUUCUGUGAUACAGGGAACAAUAACUGUGAUAUAACUGCCAUCUGUAACCCCACAACCAACGGCUUCACCUGCAGUUGUAACACGGACUACCAAGGGGACGGCACCAACUGUACACAUCUGUGUGAUUUAGGCUACUGUGUAUAUGGAACAUGCAUCAAGUCACCAACUAUACGCUGUGAAUGUGACAACGGUUAUACAGGAAACAGGUGUGAAAUCCGUAAAGAUCCAAGCAAGGAAUCCCAACAGCAGAAUGAAACGGUGAUUGUUGCUUCAGUGUCCGCAGGAGCGGCUCUCAUGAUUCUAGCCAUUCUGAUUGUCUGCUGUGUUGCCAGGGCACGCAACAAGCCAGAGAAGUAUUCCCACCACACUGAUUAUACUGGUGGACCUCAAAUGAUGGACAAGCAUACCUUGUAUGGACCAGCUUUCCAAACAAGUCCAUAUGAGAACUACAGCAUGAGAUCAUAUUCCCCAGGUGGAUCCUACAGGGGUGUAGCCAUAUUGCCAGAAAUAGCAUAUGAUAAUUCAGCUUAUCAAGGUGACCCAGCAAUUUACCAGGCCUAGGGUUCUUUUUCAAACACGAGUUGUUAAGUGGAAUAGGCCACACAUUUCACAUAUAUGGACAUAUACAGGAUCAUACAGAAAAAGUGAAUGUGAUGCCAAAGACCAGGAAGCCACUGUGACUUCACAAACAUUAAACAUCGCAUGGAGUGUGAUGACUUUGCCAUAAUAUAUUCUUCAUACUCGUUAUACUGUUAUUAUUGAUCAUAUUACAUUUGUGCAUUUUAUGAAUGUCUGUGUUCUUCAUUAAAUCAAAAGGUAAUGUAAAGCAUUAAAUAUUUCCAGAUUUUUAAAGAGUAUUUUGUUUCCAUGUUUUAUUGUGCAUUUUUUGCUGUCUGAACUUUUUUAUAGACUGUUGUUAAUUGAGAAAUGUUUUAGGAAAAUGUUGAGAAUACCAUCUGGGGUAUGCACACAUUUUCUUGUGAACUGUAUUCUGUUGAAACAUUAUUAUGUAUAUUAGAUAUCUGCAGAAGCAUUUUACCCCAAGAUCUCGUGAUAUAGUCCCUUGUAAUAUUGUGCCAUUUGGGAACUGCAAUAAUGCUGUGAUUGUGUGGACCAUACACAGCUGAGAUACAGAUCAGGGUAUAAACAUUUUCUGGGUAUUAUUACAAAAAAAUUAAUUAAAGUUUUAUAUUUCAGUACAUGAUAUCUAAUAGUAACAGAUAUAUUCUACACUGAAACCAGUUUUUUUGGUUGAGUGUGCCACUUGGGGAAAAGAGUAUUUUUGGGUACAUCAGGUACCAGGUGAAAUCUGCCUCUUUGCAUAGUCUGUGUAGAGUAACUGUCCAAGAGUAUUUGUCUGCUUGAAGCAAUAACUUUGUAUUAAGAAUACACUGUUUUUGGAAUGAAUGAUUGUUUGAAAUUACCGGUAGUAUGCCUCACUACAGCAAUCAAAACUUAUACUCAUUAUUGUCAUAAUUAGAAUUUAUACACUUGUACUAAUUAAUUAUUAGAUGGACCUAUGUAUGACUUAUAUUAUGCAAGUUUACAAUUAUAUGUUGAUUUACUCAA